AUGCAGGAUUAUGAGGCGGUAAUGAACCCAGCGACGUUCGAGUAUCCGACCUCGUCCUCCUCCGUCUCAGGCACAUCCGAGCUUUUUAGCUCAACUUUUGCCAUCCUCUCCGACUCAGCGCCUUCUUAUGUGGAACCGCAAUGGGUGACACCGGAGAAAUUACCCGGUUAUUACUACGAGACGCAACCGACUGAGUUCACCCAACUACAGGCCUAUGACAACAGUGUUGAUCUGAGAUUUGACGCUUAUCGAACAGCAGCCACAGCAGCUGGUCUUCAUGCCUAUGACCAAUACAAUCCAGUUGUUUCUCUCCCUGUUGUCCCUUCUCAACUAAAUGUCGCCUCAUAUUUGGAUCAAAGUCUUUUAAGACAACCGGAGCCUCUUCACGUUUACACCCAUCAGUCACAAGCGGGCACCGCUUUCCAACCGGUUUCUUCGCAUUCGAUCAAUACCCUACCCGUUGUGCCCUCACCGGCCACAUCAAUCUCUCAAAGGCCAACAUCAUCCACGUCGAACAACAGUGUCACUCCUCCCCAUCACAACAAUAACAAUCAAUCGACACCGCCACAAAGCGAGAGUCCGCUUGAAACGAUUCCUCUAGCAGCAACUGAGCUUGAUGACGAUGAGCGUGUGAUGUGUAUGGCAUGUCGUGGUGUUUAUCCAUCAAGGAGAAGUCUUACCGGACAUAUCGGUAGAAAUGAGAAAUGCCGAGAGAUUAUCGGUCGCAACUAUCUCGAACAACUUGCUGUAGCUGGAAAUGGUGAAGGACGAGCAUCAGCAGUCAUCCCUCCACCACCAGGCACCGAGUCGGCCAAAGCGGGUGCGAUCGUGAAUGGAACUGAUGGAUUAUCACCAAUUUGUCCGUAUUGUGAUCGAUUCAUUUCGCAUUACAAGGGCAAUAUCCGUCGCCAUAUCAAUCAAUGUGGAAAGACUGGUGGCAAACGUCCAAAAGCCCCUAAGGGUAAAGAUGGAAAGAGGAAAAGAAGUGAAGAGAGCACGAAUGGAGAAUGGUCAUCACCGGAACCCAUUCAAAUGCAACACAGCAAUCAUCAGAGCUAUGAUGCGCCAAUGCCCCCAAUGCUCCCAGUGAUGUCCCCUCCAUCAAUGUUAUUGCCAUCCGUACCUCAACAACAAAUGGAGAUUGUUCAACCACCUCCAUUAAUGAAUUCAAUCAUCUCACACCCCCAACCCUCCCAUCAUUCUCUUCAAUCGUUAGAAGUGAAAACCUCAGCUACUCUUGUGCCUGGAAUGAAAAAAGAGAGCGAAAUCCCAGACGAUCCCUAUUUAUGUCCAUUUUGUGACUUCUUGACCGUCUACAAAGGAAACAUGAAACGUCACAUGAAUACCUGCCACAUUAAUGAACCUGACUGUAAGGAUCACAAAUUGGACAAGAUGAAAGCCUCAGUUCUGGGUGUAGAUCCGGCGACACUAAUGGAGAAAAUUAACGCACACAAGGCUAAUUCAACAAGAGGUCGACGACCAAAGAAGAAGGACGGCCAAUCAGGGGAAACGAGAACGAGCGAGAGUCAAGCGAGACAACAAACACAUCAACAACUACCAAUUGCAACACAUUUAGAACCAUUUCAACAUCAUCAUAUGUAUCAAAUGAACAAUCCUUUUAUGGGAAUGCACCAUGUGAGAAUGGGUGGAAUGUUGGAGUACGAUGAGAUGGGAUGCCCGGCGGAUCCGUAUGUCUACCCACUCGGUCUAAUCGCUCGUCCUUUACCCGGUCUCGGCGAUGAUCCAAGUGAUCCCCUUCAAGCCACAAUCAAUCACGUUGUCGAUGCUCAUCGUUUA